AUGCCCCACGGCGGCCUUCGGGCGUUCUUCCAGCUCCCCAUAUUCUAUGUGGCUAUCUGUGACUGGGAAGACAAGUACCCCAAGAAGAUAAUACGCAUGCUGGCUCGUCCGCGGGCAGGCCUGACUGCCGAACUUUAUCUCCUCGGCCCCUAUAGCCGACCCUCCCGUCUUAACCAGUAUGGUACGGUGUUAUUUGUGGUGGAGGAUAUUAGACUAUUCCGGGUUCUGUCCUUGAUUGAAAUGCUAGUGAAUGCGAGUAUUCGGCGGGAAGCAAUGGUGCGAAAAUUAUACGUCUUGUGGGAGCACGAAAGCGCAUUUGAGUAUCCCGAGUGGUGGAAGAGCUGGAGACAACGGCUGUUAGAUAAGGACGCCCCUCGGUUUGGUGGAUACGAUAUCCUGAGUUUCCGUAUCUUUCGAGGACAAGCCGAGGCGGGGAAAGUUAGAACGCGCGUUCAUUACUACCAGGGAUCGCUCAAUGUCAAGGACGAGAUACCUUAG